CAGUGUGGUUGUCAAUGGAGACGGAGGCAGCCGCAUCCGCCGAGGCGCUUCAGCAAGGAUUCGGACGUCAUCGCUCUGCACUACCGUGCUGACGUGGAGAUGUUUCAUGGAUGUUUCAUGGGAUAACUUUUCAACACAUCUCAUUCAAACAACAUCCACCUUGCCCCUCCGCUGUCAUCUAAGUGGUCGGCAGAACGGAGAGAGAGCUAUGCACCUGCUGCCGUAACGCGGUGGUCUUGAGUUGGACUGUUUCGAUUACUGCUACGAGGUAGAGAAGUCAAGGAUAUUUGAAGCCGAUGGAAGUUCGUCCUUAACAAUUGCUAGUCUGCAGACGUUUUACGAAUAGACUCGAUGUAAAAGUCAGCCACUUGCCGCCGGUUUCACCAGGUCACCCCGCUCAGCCAUGGAGAGCCUCAGUGAGCUCCAGAAUCCACUGCUGGACAAAAACCCACACCGUUACCAUGACGACUCCUACAGCCACCAGUACCACGACAGCAUCAUUAGAUACUUUGUGUCUGGCGGCGGCGGCGACCCCGAGACCAAGGCUGAGCAGUUCCUGGACGCCGCCUCGCUGCACGUUGCCAUGGAGGCGCUGUGCACGCCCCGCUGCAUGCUGGGUCAGGACGGCAGCGGCGGCGGCAGCAGCCACAGCCGAGGCGCCGAGAGCGACCUGAGUCUGGAGACCAAGCAGGAGGAGCAGGAGGAGUCCACGGCUGAGUCCAGCCCAGAGGACCUCCAGAACCAGCGGCAGGACCUCGGUCCACACAUCCACACCGUCUCCUGCGACGUGGACGAGGAACGCUUCCCACAGUACGAGACUGACAGCUCCAGCUCCAGCUCCAGUGAGGACAGUUUCCUGAUGCCCCCCCGGGACCACCUGGGCCUGGCCAUCUUCUCCAUGCUCUGCUGCUUCUGGCCCCUGGGCAUGGCCGCCUUCUACUUCUCUCAGAGGACGAGUAAGGCCGUGUCCAAGGGGGAGUUCUCCAUGGCGGGUGUGUCCUCCAGACGGGUCCUCUUCCUGGCGGUUCUCUCCAUCACCGUGGGAACAGGGCUGUACGUGGGCGUCCUCGUGGCCCUGGUGGCGUACCUGUCCAGGCCAGGGCGAGUCUAGCUGUAGCGGCCGGAGGACCAGGAGGAGG